AUGUGUGCUGUAAGACGACACAUUUGUAAUCCAUGCAAUUCCUUCCUUAUUUUACCUUUAUGCCUUCAGGGAGUAAAUCGUCAUUUGAUGUCAUGGAUAAAAUUAUGGGACGAAAGCGUUUUUAAGCGGAAGAUUGUAAAUAUGCCAAAAGUUGAGUCUGUUAAAGAGAAAGAUAUGCUAACAUUAGAAGCAGGAAAGCUGCGUAGGCCGACAUAUAAGUUAGCGUUGUUGUCUGGACCAGCUGGCUUGGGCAAGACGAUACUGGCAAAGGUUGUCGCGCAACAGGCUGGUGACAGCAGAAAUGUAUCCGACUUUGAAAAAGCAUCUACUUAUGAUAAAAUCCUUUCUUUCCGUCUAUUUCAGCAAUCUCGUCCUAACUGCUUGAUUUUUGAUGAAAUCGAUGGUGCUCCUGUAGAGUCACUUCGCUAUCUUGUCAAAGCAGUGAAUUCAACAGGAAAGAGAGCAGUGCGCCGCCCUAUCAUUUGCAUUUGUAAUAACUUGUAUACGUCUGCUAUGCGGGAGCUUCGUGCUGUUGCCUUAAAUAUUCAGCUUGUUCCCACUUCAGCAGAGCGACUUAUCCAGAGGUUGACAGUGAUUUCCAACGCUGAAAAUGUUCGAAUCAAUCGUUUCACUCUCCAGCGCCUUGUGGAGCUGUGCCAUUGUGAUGUUCGACUUGCUAUUAACACUUUACAACUUGUAUCGACACUUGCCAAGAAGGAAUGUCGCUACGCAUCACUUGAUGAUAUACAGAAAGUUAUUGAACGAGAAGAAAUCGGGUCGUUUUCGGUUUUCGAGGGUUUGUCAACAGUAUUGGAUUUCACGCAUCAUUUCGACAAGCAGGGCAUUUUGAUGUCAUUGCCAGAAAGGCUGCGAAUAGUUGAACGUGUUGCCUUAGAACGAGGUGAUGACCGUUUUGUGUCCGGUUUAUACGAGAGCUACAUAAGCAUAAAUCUGCCACUGAAGUCGAUUCGCUCAGGAGUUGAGGCUUUCGUGUUUUAUGAUCGCGUUAUGCUGGCGGUAUGUAAGUCUAGACAGAAUUAUGUUCUGAUGAAGUAUAUCAACGUAUUCUACAUGCUUCUUCACGCGGCUGUACUGAAGCUUCCUUACCUAGAGCAAACUGCAGUGCAAAGACGUCGUGAGUCUCAAGAAACUCUGGCAACUAUCCAGUGUGGUCUUUUGGGCAGGCAUUCUCCCACUGCACUUAUAUCUGACGUGCUUCCUUUACUGGUCCAGAUUGUUCAACCAUCUAUUAAAACGGCAACCAGAAAAACUCUGAAAAAUGGAAGUUAUGCUGGGGCCCGCGCAAGCAGUGAGGACGGGUCGUCCAAAUAUCCAUGUAUGUAA